AUGAAGGCCGCCGCCGGGGCAGGCCCCGGCGGCGGCAAGGAGACCCUGGCGACCUCCUUCCUCCGUUACAUCCUCCUCUUGCUUUUCCCUCUCACCGUCAUGUACAUUCUCUACGCCCUCCACGCCAUCCUCUCCUCCACACCAUCCUGCCCCCCUGAUCUUGGUCGCGUUGUCGCCACCGCCUCCUUCUCCCACGUCACCACCCACAAAAAUACCUCGUCGACGCCACCGCCGCCUCCACCUGCCACGGUAACGGUGUUGAGGGCGACGAUACCGCCGCCACCCGCCACGAUCACGGUGUUGAGGGCGACGACACCGCCGCCACCCGCCACGAUCACGGUAUUGGCGAAGGCACCGCCGCAGCCACCCGCCACAGUCACGGUGCCCACGGCGAGGCCGCCUCCGGCACCCGCCACGGCCACGGUGUCAACGACAGCAACGACGCUGCAGCACGUGGUGUUCGGCAUCGCGGCGUCGGCGCGCCUGUGGGAUAAGCGGAAGGAGUACAUCAAGAUCUGGUGGCGCCCUAACUCGGGCAUGCGAGGGUUCGUGUGGCUGGACCACGGCGUGCGGGAGUCUAGCGUGCCGGCGGGGCUGCCGGCCAUCAAGAUCUCCUCGGACACCUCCGGUUUCCCCUACACGCACCGUCGCGGCCACCGCUCCGCGAUCCGCAUCUCCCGCAUCGUCUCCGAGACAUUCCGCCUCGGGCUCCCAGACGUGCGCUGGUUCGUCAUGGGCGACGAUGACACGAUCUUCCUCCCGGACAACCUCCUCGCCGUUCUCGGGAGGCUCGACCACCGGCAGCCCUACUACAUCGGCUCCCCCUCCGAGAGCCACCUGCAGAACAUCUUCUUCUCGUACGGGAUGGCGUUUGGCGGCGGCGGUUUCGCCAUCAGCCAGCCUCUGGCGGCGAGGCUGGAGCGGAUGCAGGACGCCUGCAUCCGCCGGUACCCGUCGCUCUACGGCAGCGACGACCGGAUCCAGGCGUGCAUGGCCGAGUUGGGCGUGCCGCUCACGAGGCACGCGGGGUUCCACCAGUACGACGUGUACGGGGACCUCCUGGGCCUCCUCGCCGCCCACCCGGUGGCGCCGCUCGUGUCGCUGCACCACCUCGACGUGGUGCGGCCGCUGUUCCCCAACGUGCGGUCGCGCCAGGCGGCGCUGCGGAGGCUGUUCGACGGGCCGGUGAUGCUGGACUCGGCGGGCGUGAUGCAGCAGUCGAUAUGCUAUGACGCGGCCAACCGGUGGACGGUGUCGGUGGCGUGGGGGUUCGUGGUGACGGUGGCGAGGGGCGUGAUGCCGGCGCGGGAGAUGGAGAUGCCGGCGCGGACGUUCCUCAACUGGUACCGGCGCGCGGACUACAAGUCGCACGCGUUCAACACGAGGCCCCUGGCUCGCAACCAGUGCGAGAAACCGGCGCUGUACUACCUGGCGUCGGCGCGCCGCACGGUGGUGCGCACAGGGGAGACCACCGUGACGAGGUACCAGCGGUGGCGCCACCGCAACGAGCUACGACCGCCGUGCCGGUGGAAUAUCGCCGACCCGGACGCGCUGCUGGACACCAUCAUCGUGCUCAAGAAGCCUGACCCCGGGUUAUGGGACCGGUCGCCGAUGAGGAAUUGUUGCAGGGUGCUGUCCUCUCCGAGGAAAGAAGGCGAGAGGAACAAGACGAUGACCAUAGACGUGGGUGUGUGCAAUGACUGGGAGUUCAGCCAAGUAUAAAUCCAUUCAUUCAUUUACUCAAAUAGACAGAAUUGCAUAGGUGAUAAAAUUUCAGUUCUCUUCUCCUGUAUUCCCAUACCUGUAAGAUAGUAAUAGUACUUGGAUGUCUAGUAGCUGCACACUGAGCGU